ACAAACAAACAUAGAAAACCGAAAGUAAUGCUGCUACUUUAACUUUCACUUCAACGCAGUAGCGACAGGUGAUUUAGAAUUGCAGUCGUUCUUAACUCAGCUACAAUGGCUUUCUUAAAAUACAUGAAAGGUGCCAUAGUUGGAAGUGAACAACCAAAAUAUGAAGUAAUUUCAAAAACAGAUGACUAUGAACUUCGUUCUUAUCCGGAAUGUCAGUGGGUAACUUUAUCUAUUCAUGAUAAAACUCCUGAUGAUUUUUCUCGUGAAGAUUUUCGCCGCUUGUUUGAUUACAUCAGUGGGAAAAAUGAAGCAAGUUUAUCUAUUGAUAUGACUGUUCCUGUAGUCUAUCAUGUAAGUCCUGUUGAAGAAAAAGCAAAAGAUUAUUCUGUCUCAUUUUUCUUGCCAUCUAAAUUAGAAAGUCCUCCUAAUCCUUUAGAUAAUGAUCUUGCUUUAUCCGAAACUGGUGCCAGGGAGAUGUAUGUUAGAACUUUUGGUGGCAUGGCUAAAGAUGCAGAUUGGAAAAAAGAGUUUGAAACCUUAAAAUCAAAAAUCGAGAACCCAGAUGAUGUGGAUUUGUCGGAAUAUCAUCGAGCAGGCUAUGAUCCUCCCUUUAAACCUUUCAAUCGAAGAAACGAGGUUUGGAUUGUGAAAAAAACUUCCAGCGUUGUGGAUCCUCAAACUCCAACUGACUAGAUUCCCAUUUUAAGGCACCUUUUUAAAGCUUGAGGGAUAGAGUUUUCAAGUUUGAUUCAUGCAAAUACGAUGUCUAACAGUAGAUGUUUAACAUUGUUGCAUGUGCAUUAUUUGCUGCACAUAUUCCAGUCAACGUCUGUUUCAUUCAUAUUAUCAUAUACAAUUAUGCAUAUAAGUGUAUACUUUUAACUAUGCCAAAUAUUUUUCUUUUUGUAUUUUUUGAUAAGUGUUUUCUAUGGCUGCUUCUUUUAAUAUUUUUAAUAUUAUUACAUGCUGUAUGCAUAUAAAAUGUGAUGACUCUUGAUAUCGAAUAUAUCAUAUCUUUUUUUUUUAACGAUGUAUCAGUUUCAUUGGCUAAGACAUGAUUAUGAUUGUUAUAUUUUCAUGACUAAUCAUUUACAAACAGUAUCUUCGCUAAUAUACUUAAAUAUUUACUGUGAGAUUUUAAUAUUUCUAUGUGGAUAUAUUGACAGUCAGUCUUCUGAAAACUUGUAUUGGCUGCUUUUUGAUCAAACAGUGAUGUUAACUCAUAGAUUGUUGUGAUAAAUGUUGGUAGUGUUUGUGAAUUAAAGCCUUUAUACAUGUAGUUUUUCUUGUUAAUUGAAAUUAACAGUUGUUAACUCGUAGGAAAUGUAAGCAAGUAUUUUUAAUGUUUCCUGUUAUAUUCAUCUAGAAUAUUUAUCUGCAUUUUUACCAUGGGUACUUCAUUAGAUUUGAAGUUCUCAACAUUAAAUUAGUUUGUUAAAAACAAAAAAGAGAUUGAAUUUAAGGAAAGGUUACAUUUUAUUUUAAAGGUUAAAUAAAUAAAAUUUAAAAAAAAAAGAUUGGUUAAAACGGAUAAAAAAGU